AUGGCAUGGGCUAGUUUAUACAAAAGAAUUCUUCCGUCUCCACCUGCAAUUGAGUUGGCUGCCGCACAAGGAAAGAAACUUUUUGAAGAAGCACUUCAAAAUGGAACAGUGGAAGGAUUUUUCAAGCUACAUUCUUCCUGCCAGACACAGUCGGAAUUUGCAUUUUGUGGACUGGCCAGCUUGUCGAUGGUCUUUAAUGCGCUUGCAAUUGAACCACCCAGACUACAUAAAGGAGCUUGGAGGUGGUGGGACGAUUCCAUGUUCGACUGCUGGGUACCUUUAGAUAAGGUUAUGGGCAAAGGAUUACCAUUUAAAAAAGCUGUAUCUGUGGCCCGUUGCGCCGGAGCCAAUGUUGAAGCUUUUUACUCAAACAAAAGCUCUAUUGAUGAUUUUCGCAAAUGUAUCAUGUCAUGUACGUCAAGCGAUAAGUCUCACAUGAUAACCUCAUACCACAGACCAACUCUAAGCCAGACGGGAAAAGGUCACUAUUCUCCAAUUGGUGGGUACCAUGCUGGAAGAGAUAUGGUGCUGAUAUUAGAUGUUGCUCGAUUUAAAUAUCCUUCUCAUUGGAUUCCAUUAACACUUCUAUGGAAGGCCAUGAAUACUAUUGAUGGAACAACUAGGGGGUUCAUGAUUGUCUCAAAGCCUCCAAAAACACCAUCUUUGUUAAAUAUUUGGAGUUGUAGAUACGAGAGUUGGCUUGAUGUUGCGAACUACUUGAUGGAUGAUGUUCCUGUUAACCUUCAAUCAUCUAAUGUUACAAAUGUUCAAGAAGUUCUAUCGCUUAUCUUCACAUCAUUCCCUACCAGUUUUGCAAAAAUUAUCGAAUGGAUUGAAUUGAGAGGACAGACGGGGCCAGAAAUCAAGGUUUUUCUCGGUUCUAAGGAACAGGUAUUGGAACAAGUUCGUGAGACUGAACUAUUUAAACAUAUGGUUAUGGUCGACCGUUCUCAAAUAUGGAGAGAAGUUCAAACGAUAUUUUUUCUUUCAUUGCCUCCACAGACAUGGUCUGGUAUAAAAGAUGAAAACUUAUUGCAAGAGAUUUAUAGUUUAUUCUCAUUAGAUGAGCUUCCCCAUAUGCUUCGAGAGGAGGUCUUGAACUUGAGGGGGGAGCUUGAUAGGUUGAAGAUAUGUCAAAUGGAAAAAUACAACAACUUAGCGGACUAA